GCUCUGCUCCCUCACCAUAUGGCAGCGAAUUGAUGACUAGGCCGGACACGAACACACGAGAUGGAAGUUGUACAAUCAGAUCUACGGCAGGCACUAGGAUUCCACGCAGGUGAUGGGGGUCAAAAGCAGAUAACAAAGCCUUAUAUCGAGCAUAUUAUGACAUCGUGGACGGGCCGAGGUGAACUGCAGGAGUUUCUGUGCUUCUUCGUCGAAGUCGUGCGUCACUUCCGAGGUACGAGUACCAUCUCACACUUUCGUACUUCAGCCAGUGAAUCGCAAAGUGGGGUUUUCCUCCCGUUGCUCAACCAUUGAUUGGAUGGAACCACAUCCAGAAGUCCCUAAUGAUAGAACUAUUCCAGGUGUUCCGACGGGACAGACGGCCCCAACAGAUUCAAGCAUCCGAGGCUACAUAAAAAGCCUGGUCAAAAGUCGAGAUCAUUACUAUUUCAAAGACACUAGCGCUGAUUCGUCUUCACGAGAAUCAGCUGUGAGAGACUCUGUUCUGCUGAUCUUAGGGACUUGGCUGCUUUCACAGUCAUAUUUUGUCCCAGCAAGUCAAGAUCACCGCCGCAUCGUCCAUGCGUACUGUGUGAGUACAGACCAGGCCUACUCCGAAUCCAAAGCCUUUGAGCAGUCUGUUGGCACGCUCAUAUCGACGAGUGGACUCCUUCCAAAUCCUCGGGAGGGAACUAUGGCUUCUGGCAAUGAUGGCGAUGAUGAUGUUGCGUCGGUCCAAAUUAUCACGGGUGCUGAGAUGUCAGAUUCAUUCCCGCUGCAUUCUUACGAGAACCUAUUGGAAUCUCUUACCAUUGAUCCCAAGAGGCUCAAUGCCACCAACCUCUCAACAUACAGCCGUGUCGAGAUCGCAUGGACACAAAACAUUUCACGCCACAUGCUCCUAUCCAGACGAGCUGAAUCAUAUUACCUUGAGAUAUUCGCUCUGCCUUGCGCGCUACAGGGAGGUGCCGAUCAUGUGCUCUCCCUCAUGGGUUUCUCCGCGGACCUGAUAGAUGAGAUAGAAUGCUCCUAUGCGACUCUCUUCAACCCAUCAUCGGAGUCGAGGCUGCAUGAGAUCCUGGCAUGGGUAGUUGGCCUGCACUACUGGUGCCGGUGCCUGUCCUGUACGGCACGCCGCUUCAGAAACCGCACACUGGAGACUCUCAAGGACACCAACCAUGGGCGAAGAAGAGGCUCGCUGGAUGUUGGCUAUAGAAGCAUAUAUGACGAUCAAAUCCGGGUCCUGAUGGACAGAAAUGCUUCGCAAUGGAAUCAGACGGAAUUCAGCAACCUCUGGCCACGCAUUCUUGCGCUCGACGCGCAUCUACAAAAGGCACGGCCCUGGAACUUUUGGGUCCUUUUCAGGGACAGGAGGGACACGGUGCAAUAUUGGACAUUUCUAUUCGGGACAGUCAUCUUGGUCUUGACCGUUGCCCAAGUUGUGUUGAGCGUUGCGCAGGUCAUUGGAUCAUUUUGAACUUCUAAAUCUGGCAAGUGCUUGUAUGUCCCACUGCAUGAAGGCGCCCUAUAUGUUUUGUUCGUAUGGGGAUUAGAAAUGAAACAACCAAGUGGCAGCGCCUGUGAAUGUGGCUCGUGGACCAACGGAUGCUGCAGGUCACUGGUGUCCUGAUCAUGGUCAUUUCCUACUUCUUUGAAGGCCUUGGUCGCCGAUGGAAGUAUAACGGUUUCACAGUUCCCAAGUGGUCGGCAUCAGAGACUGUCUAUCUAGCUCCAGCGAAUCGGAUUCCAGGGACUCGGUUCUGGAACCUGGUCCAGGACGAAGGCGGGUGAGGACCUUGAAGGUCUGAGUAAUAGACGGCAAUGGUCUGCGAGGAGGAUGUUGUGAGAGCCAUCUGUCGGUCAGCCACAGAGAUGUGCUGCCUUCAAAAGUUGCGGAUGAGAUUUGACGUCUUUGUGGUACAUGCAUUUGUAUGUGGUCGAAGUGCAAGUCGCCUUCUGUCACAUGCAAAGACGGGACCAAGGGCUGUCGAAUCACAGCAGACAGUGUGGCAUGGCGCCCGGGGUGAUUUGUUGGACGGGACCUUGGAGGGGCAGUCCCCGCUGCUUCCACCACACCUGAGGGAGGCUUGGUCGAGGUAGACUACUCCGUAGCGAGACAAUGUGGUAUGACCAACGUUGACGAACCUGAACACGGUCACGCAAUCUCGGGGUGAAAAGUUGAAAGAGCUGCCAUUGUACUCGGUACACACAGCAGAUGCGAUGUGUCUCGAGUGCCCGCCCAGACCAGCUUGAGGCCAGUACAGUAUUGUCUGGCCGUCCCGCUGCUAGCCGUCGCUCGGUCUCGCCGCGGGGCAAACUUGAGCCAUGUCUUCCCAUGCCAACGUCCCAUCUCUGCUGCUGAGAUUUCACCCUCGCGGCUUACUGCCCUGCUCCUGUUAUGUAACAGACCAUAUAUACUGACUAGCAGCUCGACCCACGGGAUUCCCAAGUUCUUUUCUCUUCUUUUCUCCCCUCGCUCUCCCUCUCCGUCUCCCUCUUCUCAUCUUCUCUCCAAGCAAACCGCCCUCCCACCAGCAACUCACCUCUGACCGACCAUCCGCAACAUGGCAACCACCAACGGAACCACCACGAAUGGUGGUCUUUCCAGCAUUGCUGAGCCGUUGCUGAAGGCCCUGGGCAAGGGCAGCAGCGAGGAGAUCGGAGUCGCGGAUGCGACCAAGCUGAUCGGCCACACCCCGCUGGUGCGGUUGAACAAGAUCCCACAGUCCCUGGGCAUCAAGGCAAACGUCUACGCAAAAGUUGAGCUCGUCAACGCCGGUGGCAGUGUCAAGGACCGCAUAGCCCUCCGCAUGAUCGAGGAGGCCGAGAAGAGCGGCAGGAUAAAGCCCGGCGACACCCUGAUCGAGCCCACCAGUGGAAACACCGGAAUCGGUCUCGCCCUCGUCGGGGCCAUCAAGGGCUACAAGACCAUCAUCACCCUCCCGGAGAAGAUGUCCGCCGAGAAGGUCUCGGUCCUGCGCGCCCUCGGCGCCACCAUCAUCCGCACGCCCACCCAGGCCGCCUGGGACAGCCCCGAGUCGCACAUCGGCGUCGCGAGGAGGCUGCAGAAGGAGAUCCCCCGUGCCCACAUCCUGGACCAGUACACCAACCUCGACAACCCGCGCGCUCACGAGUUUGGCACCGCCGAGGAGAUCUGGGAGCAGACCCACGGCAAGGUCACCGCCAUCGUCGCGGGUGCGGGAACAGGCGGCACCAUCAGCGGUAUUGCCAAGGGUAUUAGGAAGCACAACAAGGACGUCAAAAUUAUCGCUGCCGACCCCUUCGGCAGCAUCCUCGCCCUGCCCGAGGCCCUCAACCAGGGCGAGCUCGCCAACGUCUCGUACAAGGUGGAGGGUAUCGGCUACGAUUUCAUCCCCGACGUGCUGGACCGCGAGAUUGUCGACAAGUGGUACAAGACCGAGGACCGCGAGUCGUUCAUGUACGCGCGCAGGCUGAUCGCCGAGGAGGGCCUGCUCGUUGGUGGGUCCUCCGGAUCUGCCAUGGCGGCCAUGGUGCGCGCCGUGCAGGACCUGAACCUUGAUGAGAGGGACACCGUGGUCGUGGUCCUCCCGGACAGCAUCAGGAGCUACCUGUCCAAGUUCGCAGACGAUGACUGGCUGGCCGCCAACGACCUCCUGCCGUCCGUCAACGGCGCCGAGGUCGAGGCUGCCGCGCAGAAGAAGAGGAGGGCCAGCGACCCCUACGGCGGCGAGACCAUCAGGUCCCUCAGGCUCAAGCCCGUGACCAGCGUCCUCAGCACGCAGGCCUGCGCGGACGCCAUCGAGACGAUGCGCGACAAGGGAUUCGACCAGCUGCCCGUCCUGUCGCCCACGGGCGGCAAGCUCGUCGGCCUGGUGACGCUGGGCAACCUGCUGUCGUACAUCUCGAGCGGGCGGGCCACGGCGACCAGCCUGGUCAAGGACGUCAUGUUCGACUUCAGCAGGAUCGACGAGGUGGUCACGGACGCCAGGGACAUCCUGACGGCCGAGGAGGCCGCGAGCAAGAGCAAGAAGCAGAAGCGGCACUUUGUCGAGAUCACGCUGGACACGCCCCUCACCAUCCUCAGCAAGUUCCUCGAGUACAACAGCGCCGCGGUCGUCACCGAGGACAAGGACAACGGAGAGGGCAAGAAGCCGGUCGCCGUGGUCACCAAGGUCGACCUCCUGACGCACAUGGUGAAGCAGUCCAAGAGGACCCCGGCCAACGGGAGUCCUGCUUGAUUGACUGACUGACUGACUGACUGACUGAUGGUUUCCGGGUUUUAUACUAGCAUGCAUCGUACAUGGGCGUUUAUCACAGGGGUUUUGGGGACGGGUCUUGGGGGUUAUUCGUGUUGUCCACAGCAAACAGACUUAUUCAUGAGACACUGGGCAGUGUCGGCGUCGGUUGGCCUAGACUCAACAUCUAUGGGCUCGGGAAAGGGAAAGAUAUAGACCAGAAAGUCUAGAUUCAACCAUGCAGAAUGGCGCCAUUAUUCAUCGAGGCUCCAGAGAUGGCACGCAUUUGCCAUAGUUCCACAUUUUUGUGGGAAUAAUACCCAACUAAACUGAGCACCAAACGAGUAGACAGCAUUGCGAAGUGUGAAGAUCUGAACAUGCCCAUCCGAGAUUUGCGCAUGUGGUCUUGAGCGUGGUAAGGUGGUAGAAAUUAUCAUUAAUUAGAGAACAGAACAGUAUAUAUAGUGCCUAGUUCUUGGCAUGCUUCCGGUCCCCCUGCCAGACAGAUAUCCUGCUCCCGAUCCAGGUCCACCACGCGUCCACACCCGGGCCGUCGCCGGUGAUAUUUCCGCUGAUAACAUCAACCUCGGUAUCGAACUCGCGCAUCUGGUCGAACUUGAAGUCGGCGCUGCCAUACUCGCCCAGCCAGUCGUCGGAAUCGUCGCCGCCAGCGCCAAGGUCCCCCGAGGCAUCGGCGCCCGAGUCGAGCAGCCCCUUGCUGCGGGUGCGGCGUAUGCGGCCCAGCUCCUUCUCGAGGCUCGUGCGCACGAGCCUCGCGGGCAGGGCGGUGAACAGGUCGGUCUUGUUGGCGGCGACGAGCAGGGGGAUGGCGUAGGGGGCCUUGCUGGUCUUGGUGUUGGCCAUGCGGCGCUGCAGGGCGAGCAGCACCUCGUACAGGUAGGAGGCGGUGUCGGCCAGGACGUCGGGCUCUGCGAGGGCGGCGGCGUCGACGACGAAGACGACGGCCCUGAGGCGGGUGGACUGCGUGCCCUCGAGGGUGAGGCGGCCGUGGGCGUAGUGGCGCAGCUUGCCGUGGCCGGGGGUGUCGACCAGCAGGAACUUGGAGGCGGUCGCGCCGCCGGCGUCGAGGUCGUCGCGGAAGGAGGAGGAGGCGCCGUCCUCGCUCACGGCGAGCUCCACCGCGGACCAGGUCUGCGAGGUGUGGGUCUCGGAGGGCGAGAGGCGGCGCUCCAGGAGGGUGUGCAGGGCCGUCUUGCCCGCGCCUGAGGGCCCUGUGAGGAGCACCGACGGGAGGACGGUGUAGGUCGUCGACUUGGUCACCCAGAGGUGCAUGAGGAUGGGCACGAGGAGGAUCACGAGCGCGCCGACGACGAAGACGGGCGCCGAGGGCGUCAUGAUGAGCUCGACAAAGUCCUUGAGUGCGUCCAUGGUGGGCAGGGUGGUUGGGAUUGGUGAGACCUGUCUUUUCCUCUGUGCUGUGUGCUUCGCACUUGAUGCUUGAGCCCGCCGCGGGGCAGGUGAGGUGGGAGGGCGGACGGAGGCUGAGGCUGAGACGUGGUCGAGGUUGUGUUGGGGAGUGACUGGCGACCAAGAUAAAUACACAGAGUUGGUUCCCCACUGGCACUGAUCAGACCGUGGUGGAAGUCAGAGCUUCCGGUUGGUGCGGUCGUAUGUUUGGUCGUAUGUUCACGAGCCUGCACCCGAGAGCCCUCGACUCGACAUGACAGCUGGACGAGUCCCCGGGCUGCUAUCGAUACGGGUUCGAUACCGAUAAACAAGAGACCAAGACACUGACUGACAGGACAUGGGAAAG